AAUGAUGUUUCCGGAGGUGUUUGUCUUGCUGCUGCUGGUAGCAUUUAAUGCCGGUUCGCCUUUGGGCAGGGAUGACGAACUAUUCCACGAAGAGCUGGUGGUUCGUCCAUUGUCCGGCGAUCAUGUCAACACAUAUUUCCAGUUCACCACGCGUUGGCAUUAUGGGCAAAAGGAGAAUCUUUACCACACCCAGUUGACGCCCCGGGUGAUUGCAGAGCUGCUGCAGCAAUUUGCGGUGAAGGAGCUACACAUAGGAUUGACCCAGGGACUGUGGCGCUACGAGACGUGGGGCUAUCCCAUUGUCGAGGCCACUAGCGGUGCCGAGAUGUGGGCCUGGUUCAGCGGCACGAAUCUGACCAAAGGCGAGGUGGACAGGCAGUGGAAGGAGCUGGCCAAUGUUUUCUCCGGCGUUCUGUGUGCCUCUUUGAAUUUCGUUGACAAUACGAACAGCAUUGCACCGAGGCACUUGAUCCGACCACAAUUUAUGCCCGCCAAUGGCCAGAGAUUCGUUAGAUACUCGACCCUGCCGCGUGAAAUUGUGUGCACAGAGAACUUGACGCCAUGGAAGAAGUUACUGCCUUGCGGCAGUGCCUCUGGAUUUGCUUCACUUCUCAAUUCCGGACACGUCCACAACACUAAGUACCAUUCGUUGGGGCUAAAGGUUCGGGUGUUGUGCGAGGAUCAUGACGAGGACAACUGCAUCGUAGAGCUGACCCAGACGGCCAAUUUGGUUUAUGAUCUUCGCUUAUUUGAGCUGAGCAACAAUGAUUUCUCGCUGCGUCGUCUCUUUGGCAUGGGAUUGAAUGGAUUUUGUGAGCUGGCUAAAAGCUCUAAGAUCUAUGUACAGCGCAAUGAGCAGGGCGAACGGUAUCAACUGGUUCCGGCACCUUCGCACGAGGUAAAGAGCACUCGCGGUGGCCAUAGUGUCGUCUAUUCCGUCUACGAUAUGCAGGAACUAUUCAAAGAUGCCGGCGAACGGCUGUUCAAUGUGGCCUGGUUAUCCCCAAAGAGCGAGAACCGUCGACGGAAUCUGGCGAAGCCUUCGUUGCCACCAGUGACAGUCCAUCGAUAUCUCUUGGGACAUGGCCAGGAGAGAGGCAGGAUUGUCACCGAGGUAACAAAUUCACAUUACGAUGCCUUGCCUAUUAUGGUGCAGGAGGUGAUACCAUGGUAUGUGCACGCCUAUUUGCACACCCUCUCUAUUCGCCGGAAGCCUCAGCGCGUAAACGAAUACGGACGCCAACGGUUGCCCUUCAAGCUGCUACAUUAUACGCCCGGAAAGCAAAGGGAAUUGCCAUCCCAUCUAGAGAUUGGCUUUAUGCUGCCCGGCCAGACUUCCGCUCUAAUUACCAUCGAUGUGGACUAUCUGCUUCUGAAGUGGUUGGAGUAUCCGCCGGAUGCGAAUCAUGGUCACUAUAUCGGAGCCGCCAUUGUGUCAAGCCAACUACCAAUGGGCAGGAACUAUACGGCUCUGCCGCCGGAAGGGCAUCUCUUCGAGCAUUCGUUCAAUGCCACGCGACCCAGUUAUGUGCUUAGUUUGCAUACGGAGGCGUUGAUUGUUUCCCUGCCCACGCCGGAUUUCAGUAUGCCAUACAAUGUCAUUUGUUUGGCGUGUACAGUUGUGGCCUUGGCCUUCGGACCCAUACACAGUGUGGCCACCAAGAUGAUUAUUGUGGGCCGACAAACGUCGGCGCCCAAGAACUUUGUGAAGAAAAUCUUUAAUAAGAUUUUCAGAAGGCGCAAGGCAGCCGUUGAAGAGGCUGAAGGUUCAGAAGUGCCAGCAGCAGGAGCUGGAACAGCAACAUCUGGAUCAACCUUGAGAGCAUCACGACAAUUGGGCGGGUCCUCAGGUGAUCAGCCGUUGCUGGAAGAUCUCGACGAGGAAGAGGAGGAGCAGGACUAGGUGAUCACACACAAAAACAGCCACGGGAGUCGUGAUAAGCUCCCACUGAUAAAACACCUUGAAAAAUUCCAAUAAAAUAUAUAUUUGAAAACAUA